CUGAAGGAAAGUCUUGCCGCAAAGCGACGCUCCAAAUGGCGCUCAAAUCAGUCGGCUCCCCGCAUUUUCGUAGCCGUUAUUGCUUCACAGCCGCACACGUGCGAGUCAAUGCAUCUCAGGAUGCACAUCCACACCAAUGAGAUCCUGAUCGCUUCAGAUCUCGCAUCAACCCCCCACACCAAAACCCACGCCUUGAAUCGAAAAGCAGGGAUCAUGGCUCGCAGGCUGCCGAGCGAACCCAUUACAAAGAUGCCCACCAUGGAUUCAAACCAUUUGUCUUAUUCGUUGCUUUGCUCGGACACGUCUAAGUCCCCUCCCUGAUGAGACUCAAACGCUCAUAGUGCGCCUUGAUUCCGUCCUCGGAUCUCGUGCUGCGUGGGGCGCAGGGCCGUGCGGGUGUAGCUCGUUUCGAAGUCCCUAUUGUGUACGGGCGAUUGACGUAUAGUAGGGCUAAAAUCAUCAGUCGUCGGAUCUCGGCUACCUAUGGCUGCCCUGGGUGAUUUAAAGAUCCGUAUGUGCAGGGUAUUUAAAGUUGACGGGCGCCCGAAGAACAGGACCUUCUCAUCCAUUCUUUUCACCUCUAUUUCGCUUUGCCUCCCUUUACUCCCACAUUCCGUCCAUCCCCAACUCCCAUUCGAAGUUCUCCACGGCAUAUUUUCCUUAAUUGCAAUCCAUUUGUAUCUGGUCAAUACUAUAUUCAUCCUCACCAUGACGUCGUCUAAACCCAUCUUUGUGGCAACCCACCCCAGAGCCUGCUCGACUGCCUUCGAGCGGGUGUUCAUGACUCGGCGAGACAUCCUCCACUGCGUUCACGAGCCGUUUGGAGACGCCUUUUACUUUGGCCCCGAGCGGCUGAGCCAACGGUAUGAGAACGACGAGAAGGCCAGGAACGAGAGUGGCUUUGCGAACACCACAUAUAAAGACGUCAUGGAUCAGUUGAUCAAUCCUCCCGAGAGCCAGGGCAAGCGAGUGUUCAUCAAAGACAUCGCGCACUACCUCUUUCCGCCAGAAGGGCGGGAGGCCAGCAUCGCUCCGUCACUGCGCAACGCCUCGGACGGCACAACGCCGAACGGCGCUUCCCCGCGGGAUCCUCAAGUCCGCAAUCCCACGGUCAUUCCUCUGGAGCUCCUCCGCAAGUUCCACUUCACCUUCCUCAUCCGCCACCCGCGCCGCGCGAUCCCCUCCUACUAUCGGUGCACUAUCCCGCCGCUCUCCGCCAAGACCGGCUUCCACAGUUUCAUGCCCAGUGAGGCCGGCUACGACGAGCUGCGCCGGCUGUUCGACUACCUCAUGGCGGAGGGCCUCAUCGGAAGCUCAAGCGGCGACAUCAAGAUCACGGUGGUGGACGCCGAUGACCUGCUGGACAAGCCCGCGGAAGUGAUCCGCGCGUUCUGCGAGGACGUGGGGAUCGACUACCACGACGGGAUGCUCGAGUGGGGCGAUGAGGAAGGCCAGAAGAUGGCGGUGGACGCGUUUGAGAAGUGGAACGGGUUCCACGAUGACGCCAUCUCGAGCACAGCGUUGCGGCCUCGGACGCAUGCGAAGAAAAUCCCGACAGAAAAGGAAGAGGACGAGGAGUGGCUGCAAAAGUAUGGCGAGGAGGGUCAAAGGGCCAUCCGGGCGUGUGUCAAUGAAAAUCUGGACGACUAUCUGUACCUCAAGUCCUUUGCCAAAAGUUGUUGGUCCUAAGGACUUGCACUUUGCUUGAUGACAUUCUAAGGAUAUAGGUACAGCACCGGAACCCAGAUCACGAGCGAAGGGGAGUAGUAGCGCCCGAAGUUUGGAGCGGGAGCGAUGGAAGGUCACGCUGGAGUAUGUCAUGCCGAAGUGGCUGACUGGGAGCAUCUCCGGUCUUUUGCACUCAUGGUCUAUGGCGUUUCUUUGGACAAAGGCCAUCUUCCGUCUUGGGAUGCAUUCUUUGGGUUAGGUCUAGAUCGACAUGGUACAGUACCACCAUACCGCGGGUAAAUAUUACAGGCAUGC